AUGGAGGGAGGCCAUGGAUCAGCCCUGAUCUCACUGAAUGGUGGAUCAGGCUCAAGCGUCAUUGGACCAGCAUUAACCUUCCGACUGCGACACAAUGAUCAAAAUCUGACCAUCGAUGAGGUUGCUGAUAAAGCCAUUGCCAGCAAGACAAAGCUUGAGGCUGAGACUGGUUUGAAGAUUGUGCAGGCUGGUGUGGGUGAGAGGAAUGCGUUCCACUCCCUGCCAAAGCCAGCGAGACACAGCGACACUUUCCGCUUCCUGCUGCUGACCUUUAUCACAGUAGCUUGCAUUGCUGGCAUCCUCAUUGCUGGAGCUGUCAUCAUCUGCCUCAGACAGAAUGCCAAGCAGCGGCAGAAAGAGAAACUGGCUGGACUGGGCCCUGAAGGAGGGACUGACACCUCCCUCGAAUAUCAGGAACUGUGCCGCCAGCACAUGGCAGCUAAAUCAUCCUACUCCCGCACGGAGACGGUGGACACUUCCCGGGUCAGCAGCGUCUCUUCCCAGUUCAGCGACGCUCCCCAGGCCAGCCCCAGCUCCCACAGCAGCACCCCGUCCUGGUGCGAGGAACCCGUCCAGUCCAACAUGGACAUCUCAACCGGUCACAUGAUUCUGGCGUACAUGGAAGACCACCUGAAGAUCAAGGACCGUCUGCACAAGGAGUGGGAGGCCCUGUGUGCCUAUCAGGCUGAACCCAACUCGUGCUCCAUCGGACAGAGUGAGGUUAACAUCAAAAAGAGUCGAAAUCCUGACUUUGUCCCUUAUAACCACAACCGCAUGGUUUUGAAAGCAGAAGCCAACCCGUCCAGGACAGAUUUUAUCAAUGCCAGUCCAAUCAUUGACCACGAUCCCCGAAUGCCAGCCUACAUCGCCACCCAAGGUCCCCUCUCACACACCAUCUCGGAUUUCUGGCAGAUGGUGUGGGAGAAUGGCUGCACCGUCAUCGUCAUGCUCACCCCGUUGUUGGAGGACAGCGUUAAGCUUUGUGAUCGCUACUGGCCAGAUGAAGGCUCUUCUCUCUACCACAUCUACGAGGUCAACCUGGUCUCUGAGCACAUCUGGUGUGAAGAUUUCCUGGUCCGCAGCUUCUAUCUGAAAAACCUGCAAUCUCAGGAGACCCGAACUCUGACCCAGUUUCACUUCCUGAGCUGGCCAGCAGAGGGUAUCCCAUCCUCCACUCGACCACUGUUGGACUUCCGAAGAAAGGUGAACAAGUGUUACAGAGGUCGCUCUUGCCCUAUAAUCGUUCACUGCAGUGAUGGGGCUGGAAGAACUGGAACAUACAUUUUAAUUGAUAUGGUUCUCAACAGAAUGUCCAAAGGUGUGAAGGAGAUCGACAUUGCUGCUACUCUUGAACACAUACGCGAUCAGAGACCUGGCAUGGUGCGCACGAAGGACCAGUUUGAGUUUGCGCUGACUGCUGUAGCAGAGGAAGUGAACGCCAUCCUAAGGGCUCUGCCCCAGUGACCUGCUGCCCGGACCCUCAGUGAAGAACUAGCCAUCAAUCCAGCUUUGUGCUUCAUGCACCCCCUCUCCCACCACACCCCACCUGACAUCCUCCGCAGCCUGUACCGCGUUCGUGUCUUCUGUCACAUGUCCUGUCUUGCUUUGGAAACCGCGACACGCAGUGCAGUGACCCUUCUGGGAGGCACUGCUCCAUACUGACCUGUUCAUAUUGAAGUAGCUACCUAACCAAUGAACAGCAGCAAGAACCUCAGGCAAGGGGCAGCCCACUGAUCACUGACAGGUCCCAAGGAAAGAUGUUCCCCCCCCUUCCACCCACCAACCGUAACAUUAGAGCAGCACAGGAGGCCAUUCAGCCUGACAGCACUGUGCACGUCACAGAAUUAUUACGGUGCCAAAGGAGGCCAUUCAGCCCAUCGUAAUGAACAUUCCCUGGGGUUUGUCUUUCGCAAGGCCCUGCAAGCUCUGAGUGUCUGUGUAUGUAACUGUGUCUGUGUGCCCAUUAGUGUUUGUGUGAGGGGGUUGUGUGUGUGUC